CAGGAUGUCCAACGUGGGAGUUGACAUGCUGCCGGAGAACAUGCAGCACCGAUGCUCGUUGUCUGUUGAUUAUCCCGACAAGGAGUUCGCUGAGAUGGUCAGCCAAGCUCUUGCGGUAGACGAGGAGCUCCAUCAGGACAAGGUUGCCAGGCAAGUGUCGUCAGACGGCAAGACCCUCAUCGCUCAGUUUGCAGCUUGUGAUGCCCGCAUGCUGCGCGUCUCAGUCAACUCUUUCUUUGAAGCUCUUGCGCUCGCGACUAGAACCCUCGACGCCUUCUGAGACCCGAUGGGAGGAGGAAGGAGUCAAGCUACCUCGUGAACAAUGGCCAGAUCAUGG